GAAACAGGCGGGAUGUUGCGCAGUUGCGCCGCGUCCAUGGAGCGACACCGCACCGCGCUGACCUUUGCGCUGCUGAUCGUCGGUUACAUCCUUUAUGUCACGAUCGGCGCCGGGAUUUUCUCAGCCAUCGAGAUGCCCUACGAGCAAGAGCUUCGAGCCGAGCUGAAGGCGGCGAGGCGGGACUUCCUGAACGACAACACCUGCGUGUCCGACGCGCGCCUGGAGGAGCUGCUGGUCCGCGCGCUGGAGGCCAGUAACUAUGGCGUCUCCGUGCUGGGUAACGACAACGACAGCGACCGCAACUGGGACUUUGUGUCUUCACUGUUCUUCACCAGCACCGUGCUGACCACAACAGGGUACGGCCACAAUGUUCCUCUCUCAGAUGUAGGCAAGGCAUUCUGCAUCUUCUACUCCAUCUUGGGAAUCCCCUUCACCCUCCUGUUCCUCUCCGCUGUGGUGCAGAGGAUCAUGAUGGUGGUUACGAGACGUCCAGUGUCCUACUUCCACCGUCGCUGGGCCAUAUCUAAACCGAGGCUCGCUGCCAUCCACGCCACCUGCCUCACCAUCCUCAUGACGCUGUUUCUCCUCUUCAUCCCUGCGUGGAUCUUUAUCGGCCUGGAGAAAGACUGGAAUUAUCUGGACUCUCUGUAUUUCUGUUUUAUCUCUCUGACGACCAUUGGCCUCGGGGAUUACGUCCCCGGUGAGACUCAUAGUAAAGAGGCCAAUCCACACCCAGUGCUCUACAAGCUGAUGAUCACAGCCUAUUUGCUGACAGGCUUGGUGUGUUCCCUGGUGGUGCUGGAGACGUGCUGCGAGCUCCCCCAGAUGAAACGUCUCAGGCAGAGGUUCUACCAAGAAAACGUCCGCGAGCUGGACUCGGAGACGGCCAACAUCAUCGACGAGGAGCACAGGAACGAUGAGCUGAGCGAUCACACGGCAGAUAACCUAUCAGUCAUCUCAUCUGUGUCAGAGCAGGCCGCGACGUUACGGCAACACAACACAACGUCUCCUUACACCCCAGUUGUUAACAGAAAGAUAAGAUGACAGAAUAUCUACCACACAUUGUUUUUAGGUGACUUUCACUAUGAACAUUUGAGGCUGCUCAGGUUUAUACUGGCACGGAAUGCUAUCUAAAUAUGAGUGCACAGUAUAAGCAGCCUGACCAUGCCUGUGUGCAGAUCUGCAUCUGGAAAUAAAAAAAGUGAGUGCUUUCUGCCAUUGCCAACAUCAACAGGCAUUUUGUGUAAAAGCAGGAACCACCCACAGAUAAUCAGGACCGUGCUGUUUUCUUGUUCUCCCCUGUUGUUCCAUUCCCUGCUGAUAAGAGUUAGAUCUGUGACAUAGAGGAAGGGCUAGGCCCCCAAACGGAGGGAAAACCCAGAACCCUUCACUUCCUGCCAAAGCUAUGGAGCUGUAGUUCCAAGACAGAGGAUCUCAUGCUCCCUUUGCGCACAUUAUAUAAUCCAUGGUGGUGUCUGCGUAGGAAAUUUGCCUUCUUGGAAGUCAUAAAGAAGUAUCAGGAGACUGAGGUACACAUAUUGCACAUUAUAUAGAUGAUUUUUUAAUAAAAGAGCAAAUAAGCAAGAAUAGA